AACCGUGUAAGGCAUUUCCCGGCACGGAUUCUCUCACAGUGUCUUGUGCACGAUCUAUCGGUGAAUGCCGACAGUGACAGAUACAAUAGUUAGCGACCAUUAAUCUCUUAUUCCGAUCGGAAAACAUGAGCUGCGAUCAAGACGCCGCGACGCGUCACGUUCUAGACAGUUUCCGCGACAGACUGAAGCGUCUUAUCGAGGUCCAGCCGCUUUUAGACCUGUUACAUUUCCUCGAAGACGAGCAGAAGGGUCGAAUCAAGGCCUCAUUGACUCAGAAUGGCAACAUGCGCGCGGUUUCCACUCUUAUCGAUGAAAUCAUUCAAAUACGCGACGUGAAAGGCUGGUCGAGGGAACUGAUCACUGCUCUGGAGACUGUCGGCUGCAAACACGCCGCAAAUUAUGUGGAGAAUAAUCCGCCAAACACGACAGAAGAGUUGGAGAACGACAGCUGCAUUCGGCUUAUUGGUCUGAUGCGUCUGUCACUGGUCAACAUGAAAACUCGUGAUGUGUCCGCGCACUGCUUCUCACUGGAACUGUUAACACAGGAGGAUGUGGAAAAUAUUACGGCUGCCAUUGAAAAUCAAGGCAACACCUCUGGCGCUCGCUUGCUCCUCACGCGGGUGGUCAAAAACGAAACUGGCUGGUUUUCCAAAUUCCUGAAGGCCCUGGAGGACACGGCACACCCCGGCCUAGCGCGUGAGCUGCGGGGAGAGCCAAAUAAUGAAGACGAAGCCAUGUCGGUUGACACCUUCGAGCUGAGAACAGUGGAGGAGAAUGAACAGCCAUGUGCAUCGGCACUGAAGGAAAUGGAAACGGACUUCCGUGGCUCUUUGCCCUUCCUCCCCCCCACUCUCUCUACCAAUAGCUCACUUCUGUCAGAUGAUCUGGACAGCAGUGUGGACAGCAGUGGUCUGGGUACAUCAGCUCUUUCCUCCUCGGAUAAUGGAGAUGUCGAUAUGUAUGAAGAGGGUGAACAGAUGGAGGAGGAAGAUCUCACAGAGGACGACGAACAAUCAGCGAGCAGUAGGGAAAUUGUGCUGCGUGACUAUCAGAUGGAGGUGGCCAGACCAGCCCUAGAGGGCAAGAACAUCAUCGUCUGCCUCCCAACAGGAAGCGGUAAAACCAGAGUUGCUGUGUACAUCACAAGGGAACAUUUGGAGAGUCGGAGGCGGAUGGAAGAACCUGGGAAAGUUGUCGUUCUGGUCAACAAGGUGCCCCUGGUCGAGCAGCACUACAAGGCUGAGUUUGGGAAGUUUCUACAGCACAAAUACUGUGUAAAACCGGUCAGCGGAGCAUCGCAGCUCAAAAUCUCCUUCCCACAAAUUGUGGAGCAAAAUGACAUCAUCAUUUGCACGGCACAGAUUCUGGAAAACUCUUUAGCCAAAGGCAAGAACGGCGACGAGGACGGAAUCAAAUUAUCACAAUUUAGCCUGAUGGUUAUUGACGAAUGCCAUCACACGCAGAAAGGCGGCGUAUAUAACCACAUCAUGAUUCGCUACCUGAAACAAAAACAUCGGAACCAGCAGCUGGUCAAACAGCAGAACAGUCCAGUCCCCAUCCCUCAGAUUCUGGGCCUGACCGCCUCACCUGGAGUGGGAGGAGCCAAGACCCAGCAAAAAGCAGAGGAACACAUUCUACAGAUAUGCGCAAAUUUGGAUGCCUUCACGAUAAAAACAAACACUUCUGAGGAAGGGGCCAAAAACCCUUACAAAAAGAUUGCAAUAGCAGAAGAGAGGAAAGAGGACCCGUUUGGAGACGUGAUUAAGAAGAUCAUGGAUGAAAUCCACACGCACGCUGAGCUGAAGCCUCUCUGCGAGCCCGGUACACAGACCUAUGAACAGUGGGUGGUACAGAAAGAGCAGAAUGCUGCUAAAGAAGAGAAUCAGAAAGUUCGAGUGUGUGCGGAACAUCUCCGUCAAUACAACGAGGCUCUUCAUCAGAGCAACACCAUACGCAUGUCAGAUGCGUUCUGCUUCCUCGACAAAUACCACACUGAAGAGCUCAAGACAAAAUCCAGCUCUGAUGAUGACAACAAAAUCACAAUCACGGACACGGAGCGAUUCCUCUUCACUUUGUUUAAAGACAAAAAAGCGAAGCUCCAGGAGCUGAUGGGGAAGCCGCAGUAUGAAAAUAAUAACCUAGCGCAGCUGAAAGCAAUCGUCCUGAAGGAAUUCAGCACCAGAGAGAAGGCGAGAGGCAUCAUAUUCACACGGACCCGCCUCAGCGCCAUCGCGCUCUGCCAGUGGAUUCAAGAAAACCCCAAGUUUGAUGAAAUCGGAGUGAGAGUGAGUCAUCUGAUUGGAGGAGGAGAUCAGAGUCUGGUGAAGCCCAUGACCGCUGCGGAGCAGAAGGAUGUGUUGAACAAGUUUCACGAAGGCGAGAUUAACCUGCUGAUCGCCACCACUGUAGCGGAAGAAGGGCUGGAUAUCGCCGACUGCAAUUUUGUCAUACGCUACGGCCUCGUGACCAAUGAGAUCGCCAUGAUACAGGCCAGAGGUCGAGGGAGAGCCGAGGACAGCAGUUACACGCUGGUGGCGGAGUCAGGAUCUGGGGUGGCAGAGAGAGAGAGCGUUAAUGAGUACAGAGAGAAAAUGAUGAGCAAAGCCAUCGCCAAAGUGUGCAAGAUGAAUCGAGCCGACUACGAGAAGAAAAUCAAAGAGUUUCAGUUCCAAGCCAUAAUAGGAGAGAAGGUCAAGAAGAAGAAGAAACAGCAGAAGGGCAUGAUGAAUGAACCGCCAUGUAAAAUCAGUCUGAGCUGCAGACAGUGCAACAAGUUUGUCUGUUCCGGAGAAGAUAUUGAGGUCAUCGACCACAUGCACCAUGUCAACGUCACCAAUCAGUUCAGUAAGCUGUUUAUAGUACGCGAGAACACCUCCCUGCAGGAGAGACUGCUGGAUUAUGAGACUAACGGCGUCAUCGCGUGUAAACAUUGCGGAAGGCCAUGGGGUUCAAUGAUGCUCUAUAAAAGCAUCGAGUGUCCCUGUCUCCAUAUCAAGAACUUCGUGGUCGCAUACGGUACUAAAAAGAAAACGUAUGAUAAAUGGAGCGAGCUGCCCAUACGCUUCCCUGCGUUUGACUACACACAGCACGCGGAUCUCUUUUCCGAGGGCUCGGGAGACGAGGACAGUGAUGCCGACUAGAAGGAUGUUUACACUCAUCUCUGAUACAAUGAAAUCAUCUCUAAUGUGUAGUUACAACAACAUCUGUUAUGCUGCAUGCACAUUCGUUGCACUCUUCUCAUGCUUAUAUCUGAAUUCAGAUUCCUUCUUUUUAUUUCUGUUAAUUUACUGAUGUUUAAGUUCCGUUAAUGAUUUACAGCGGUGGGUCUUGUAUUUGUGCUUUUCAAAGUUAAUAAAUAAUAAUGGCACUUGAUGUACUGUACGUUUCUCUCUCACAUGUGCAAUAAAUUUGAUG